CAGGCGGCAAUUUUGUAAAAAAGCCCACCGUAUUCUCAAGACACCUUUGCCAACUUGCCACCACUUCUCUCAAGGAAGGAGAACGACAUUUGAAAAUGCUCUCUCUCUCUCUCUCUCUCUCUCUCUCUCUGAGAUCUAGUCAGCGAUUGAACUCGAAUUAAUUUCUAGGCUUCCAAUCCCGUCAAGAACUACAACAACAAUGGCGGCAAAAGGGAGGCUUUACCCGCGCCAUCCCUCUCGCAAAUCCUCCUCCUCCUCCUCGGCUACAGUCGUUUUCUCUCUCCUGGUCACCUGCUCCUUCUUCAUCGUCGUCCUCUUAUCCCUGAAAGUCAUCUCCAUUCCAAGCACUUCUCGCAGCUCUCCCAAAGCUCACGAUCUCAGCACAAUCGUCCACAAGACCGUCGACAGGAGUGAUGUAGAUGAUGGGAGAGGAGAUCAGUGGGUUGAAGUCAUCUCUUGGGAGCCAAGAGCUUUCAUUUACCAUAAUUUCUUGUCUAAGGAUGAAUGUGAAUACCUAAUCAAUCUUGCCAAGCCUCAUAUGCAAAAGUCAUCUGUUGUAGAUAGCACAACUGGCCAGAGUAAAGACAGUAGAGUACGUACCAGCUCUGGUACAUUUCUGGCUAGAGGGCGAGAUAAGAUAAUCCGAACCAUUGAAAAAAGAAUUGCAGAUUUCACCUUCAUCCCUGUAGAGCAUGGAGAAGGGCUUCAAAUUCUGCACUAUGAGGUGGGCCAAAAAUAUGAAAACCACUAUGACUACUUUCUCGACGAGUUCAACACUAAAAAUGGUGGUCAACGGAUUGCUACAGUUCUAAUGUACCUCUCGGAUGUAGAAGAAGGGGGUGAGACAGUGUUCCCUGCUGCCAAAGGAAAUAUUAGUGCUGUUCCUUGGUGGAAUGAACUGUCUCAAUGUGGAAAGGAGGGACUUUCUGUUAAACCAAAGAUGGGUGAUGCUUUGCUUUUCUGGAGCAUGAAGCCUGAUGCAUCUCUAGAUUCUUCAAGCUUGCACGGUGGUUGCCCAGUCAUUAAAGGGAAUAAGUGGUCUUCUACAAAAUGGAUGCGCGUUGGCGAAUUCAAGGCUUAAUAUGCAAAUACCAAAGGUAUACUGAUGACUUCUCGUCUCUUUGGCAUACUGAUUGUAUUGUUUGUAACAAACUGAUGAUACUGGCAAGAGCACUUCUGCCUGCAUAGAGUCUGAUAAACCAACCUUAAACCUUUUCUCUUGAUACAUACGACGAUUUUAGUCUGCAAUUUCUUUUUCGCUAAUUUAUUUUCUGUUAAGAAAUGUUUCUAACUUGAGGAAUAAAAUGUGAGGAAUUAUUAUCAUGCCUCUUUAUAGUGCCUACUGAAUGUAUACAUGACAUCAUCUUCUUCCUGUU